AUGAAGAAAUGGCGGCUUUUUCAAGCCACGGACUUUCAAUCCUUAAUGUAUCCGUGCUUCAUCUUUUGCCGCAUUCUUGGAAUAUUUCCAUACAAGCUGAAUGCUUCGAUCUUCAAAUUAUCUAAAUCGUGUUGCGUGGUGUCAAUUUUCAUUAUCUGUAUGAUUUGCUAUAUGCAAUUCAAGUUUCUCUAUUUUCUUAGUUAUGGGAAAAAGUAUAUUUCAGACGUACCCUCAACUCUUCACGGUAAUUGCUACUUUUUAUGUAGCAGUUUUAUAACGAUUGUCACGCACGUCUUGACCAGUCCACGAAUGCGAUUGCUGCAGACGAUAAUGGAUAUCUCUUCAAAACUACCUUCGAAGACAUAUAAGAAAUUGUCUAAACUGAUCCACACAAAAGAUAUCUUUAGUUUUUUUUCCUUUUUUAUGUUAUUAACGAUAUGUUACUACAAGCUGAGUUUUGACUUUAAAUUCCUGUUAUAUACGAUAUACGUCAGUUUAGUGGUAUUUCAGAUGGAUAUGCUGUACAUGAAUUGUGUUUGUAUAUUAAAAGCUUGUUUUAAGAGAAUCAACGAUAAUCUUGCGAAUCUUCGUGAACCCGUCAUGGAGGAUAUGCCGCAUGUAUUUAGCCAGAUAUAUCAACAACGAAAUCCAUUCCUACUGAUGGAACUCAAAGCUCUGGAAAAGCAGUAUCUAAUGAUCAGCAACACAGUGCAGAUGUUGAAUUUGACCUUCAGUUUGCAGCUUCUUUCUUCGAUAAUCCUAACUAUUUGCGAAGUUACUUUCAUCUUGUAUUUCUACAUCACGCAGUGGUGCAUUUCUACAUUACGCAAUGAUGAUGAAGACUUUGUAAACAAAAUGUAUAAAGAUUUUUGGUACUGCUAUUUCCUGAUAUCUAUAAUAUAUCAAUUUUUAAAAAUGGCCUCGAUCAUAUGGGCCUGCGAGACUGGCAAGAAUCAAGCUCUUGAAAUCGGCACUACUGUUCAUAUUGUAUUUAACAGCAUUAACGAUGAAAACGUGAAAGACGAGUUACAACUGUUUUCUUUGCAAAUAUUGCAUCGCGAAAGUAUAUUUUCAGCAAAGGGUAUCAAUAUAGACGCAACUCUUCUUGUUGCAAUUGUCGGUAACAUUAUUACGUAUGUGUUAAUCUUACUACAGUUCCUGGUAAUGUCAAGUACUUGCGAAGGAAUCAAUAUAUUACGCGGAUAG